AUUGUCAGAAAAUAAUUGGAAAAUCAAACAAAUCAAGCAUUUCUAAACAAAAUUUUAAAUAAUAUCCUAAAUAAUUAAAGAAAAAUGACUCGCCAUGCUAGAAAUUGUACAGCCGGUGCGGUUUACACCUAUAACGAGAAGAAAAGAGAUGCAGCCGAAUCAGGUUAUGGCACAAAUGCCCAACGUUUGGGCAAAGAUUCGGUAAAAUCUUUCGAUUGCUGUUCCCUAACCUUACAACCUUGCCGCAAUCCUGUGGUCACCAAAGAUGGCUAUCUCUUCGACAAGGAGGCCAUACUCCAAUAUAUUAUAACCAAGAAAAAUGAAUACAGUCGCAAGCUAAAGGAAUAUGAACGUUUGAAACGUGUGGAGGAGAACGAUGUCAAUCAAGAACUCAAUCGCAAGCAACAGCAGUGUGUGGAACAAUUUGUCAAGUCGGGCAAACCAGUUAAUGGUACCGUUGAAAAGCCCUCGACUUCAAGAGAUGCCAGAGAAGAAAGCUCCAUUUCAAAUAUGGCCAAUGGUCAUGAAAAGAAAUUGCCCAGUUUUUGGUUGCCCUCAGAAUGUCCCAAUGCUGGUUUGGCUAAGGCCAAAAAGCCAGAUUCAACCAUUUAUUGUCCUGUUUCGGAGAAGGUUUUGAAGGCUAAGGAUUUGAUAGAUGUUAAAUUUACUUUGGUCAAAGAUGGUGAUACAAAGAAGUCAUUGAUAGCCAAGGAGGCUCGAUAUAUGUGUCCGGUGACGCAUGAUAUAUUGAGCAAUGCAGUGCCAUGUGCAGUUUUAAGGCCGACCGGCGAUGUUGUUACCAUGGAAUGUGUGGAAAAAUUAAUUAAAAAGGACAUGAUACAUCCUCUAACCAGCCAGAAACUUAAGGACAAGGAUAUCAUUCCUUUACAAAGGGGUGGUACUGGUUAUGCUUUAACCAAUGAAAACUUGGAGGGCAAGGAGAAACGUCCCAUGUUGCAGGCCUAAAUUUAGUUAUAUUCUACUUUUAUUAUAACAAUAAUUUAUAUUAAACAAAAUAUUUUUUUAUAAAAAAACUUUGACCUAUAUCAUUUUGAAAUAACAAAUAAAUACUAUAGAUAACUAUACAA